AUGUUGCUAGCUUAUCAUGAUCGUAAACAAGCAUUAUCACUAAAAGAUUUUCCAAAAGAAGGUUCAAGUUUUCAAGGAAAAAUUGCUAAUUAUCAGCCAUAUUUUAUACUGCAUAAACAGGUGAUCAAACUUCUUGGUAAAGGUGGCUUUGGCGCUGUCUUUCAAGUACAAUCAUCAAUUGAUAAUAAAAUGUACGCUGCUAAAUUAGAAUCAUACGGACAUUCACGUAAGGUUCUUUUAAUGGAUUGUCUUGUCUUACGUGGUGCUGAAAUACUGAAAAGUUCACAUUUUUGUAAAAUUUUUGAACUUGGUAAAGUAGAAGGAAAAUUUCGUUUCAUUAUUAUUACAAUGUUGGGUCCAAGUUUGCAUACAUUACGAAUAUCACACGAAAAAAAUCAUUUCUCACUUGGAACAGCAUUACGAUUUGCACAACAAUCUUUAGAAGCAUUACAGGAUAUGCAUUCCAUUGGAUUUCUUCAUCGUGAUGUUAAGCCAUCAAAUUUUGGCAUUGGUCGUCCAGAAACAAAUGAUUCUCAUAUUGUUUAUAUCUUUGAUUUUGGUCUUGCUCGACAAUUUGCUACACGUGACAAAGAUUGUCGUAUUCCACGUAAAUCUGCACCAUUUCGUGGUACACCACGUUAUGCAUCAUUAUGCAGUCACAGAAAACAGGAACAAUCACCAAAAGAUGACAUCGAAUCAUGGUUUUAUAUGAUUGUCGAAUGGACAGUAGGUACUCUACCAUGGCGUAAAUUAAAAAAUCAAGAUCGUGAUAUGAUUAUGCUAAUGAAAGAGCAAAGUCGUGAAUUAGAUGGCAUAAAUUUACUCCUCGAUGGUUGUCCAUUACCGCAUUAUCGAAUGAUUAUGCAAUACAUUGAUAAUUUACAAUAUGCUAGUAUACCAGAUUAUGGAUAUAUUUAUUUCUUACUUAAACAUAUUGCUAAGAAAAAUCGAAUUUCACCUAAUGAACCAUUAGAUCAUGAUCCGGAACAUCCAUAUUCUGGUACCGAAACACCACCAUCAUGUUUACCAUACGGUGUAGUUAUAUCAACCACCGCUGAAACCAUCAAUAAUAAUGAUAUUAAUAAAAAAUAG